AUGGUCUCCGCCUCGAAGGCUGCCCGCUUGGCUAAGCGUGCCGAGAAGCCCAAGGACACCAAGGUCGAGCUCGAUGCCAAUGGAAAGCCCAUCGUCUCAGAUGCCCCUGCCACCAAGGAUCAGGAGGCUGUGAACAAGCUCACUGCUCAGAUGGAUAAGCACGGUCUCUCCGAUCGUGUCACCACCGGUGUGCUGUCCUCUUUGCCCGCCUCUCGCGACGUUAAGAUCACCUCUGCCUCCCUUGUGUUCCACGGAAAGGUCCUUGUCACCGACUCCACCCUCGAGUUGACCUUCGGUCGUCGCUACGGUCUCCUCGGUGAGAACGGCUGUGGAAAGUCCACUAUCCUCAAGGCCAUUGCUGCUCGCGAGUACCCCGUUCCCGAGCACAUCGAUAUCUACCUUCUUAACGAGGGUGCUCCCCCCACUGAUGACGGUGCCCUUGACUGGGUCGUUAAGGAGGCUGAGCGCCAAUUGGAGGGUAUGGAGAAGAAGGCUGAGGAGGUUCUCGAGAACGAGGGCCCUGACAGCCCUAUCCUCGAAGAUCUGUAUGACCGUAUGGACAAGAUGGAUCCCUCCACUUUCCACGUUCGUGCCUCUCUCAUUUUGACCGGUCUCGGUUUCAACAAGGUCACUAUCAACAAGAAGACCAAGGAUAUGUCUGGUGGAUGGCGUAUGCGUGUUGCCCUCGCCAAGGCUCUCUUCGUCAAGCCCUCUUUGCUCCUGCUUGAUGACCCCACUGCCCAUUUGGAUUUGGAGGCUUGUGUGUGGCUUGAGGAGUACCUCAAGAAGUGGGACCGUACCCUGGUCCUGGUCUCCCACUCCAUGGAUUUCCUGAACGGUGUCUGUACCACCAUGCUGGACAUGCGUGGCCAGAGACUCCUCUACUACGGUGGUAACUACGACUCUUACCACAAGACCCGUAGUGAGCAGGAGACCAACCAGGCCAAGGCCUACACAAAGCAGCAGGAGGAAAUCCAGCACAUCAAGAAGUUCAUUGCCUCCGCUGGUACCUACGCCAACUUGGUGCGUCAAGCCAAGUCCCGCCAGAAGAUUCUCGACAAGAUGGAGGCCGAUGGCUUCAUCCAGCCCGUACUUGCCGACCGUGUCUUCACCUUCCGCUUCGCCGAUGUGGAGAAGCUCCCUCCCCCAGUCCUGUCCUUUGACGAUGUCUCCUUCUCUUACUCCGGUAAGUGGGAAGACACCCUGUACGAGCACCUCGACCUCGGUGUGGAUAUGGACUCCCGUACCGCCCUGGUCGGCCCCAACGGUGUCGGCAAGUCCACCCUGCUCCGCCUCAUGACCGGCAAGCUAAGCCCCAUCGGCGGCCGUGUCUCCCGUCACACCCACUUGAAGCUCGGUGUCUACUCUCAGCACUCCGCCGAACAGCUCGACCUCACCAAGUCCUCCCUCGAGUUCGUCCGCGACCGCUUCCCCGAGAAGUCCCAGGACUACCAGUACUGGCGCCAGCAGCUCGGCCGCUACGGUCUCUCCGGUGAGGGCCAGACUGCCCUCAUGGGCACUCUGUCCGAAGGUCAGAAGUCGCGUAUCGUCUUCGCCCUGCUCGCCAUCGAGUCCCCCAACAUGAUUCUGCUCGACGAGCCUACCAACGGUCUCGAUAUCCCCACCAUCGACUCCCUGGCCGAUGCCAUCAACGCCUACUCUGGUGGUGUCGUUGUCGUGUCUCACGAUUUCCGUCUCCUCGACAAGAUUGCCAAGGAUAUCAUGGUCUGCGAAGACAAGACCAUCCGUCGUUGGGAUGGCUCUAUCGGACAGUACAAGGACCACCUCCGCAAGAAGAUGUUGGCUGCCGGCGCUGUCUAA